AUGCACACUACAGCUCAACUGGAUAACCUCGAGUUGGAUGAAUCUGUGAAUCAGGCACAGCCACCGAAACGUGGCUCUGGCAUGAUCUUUCGCAUUGAGCAGCUGCUGCCUGGCAGUGUUAUGACAACAGCACCCACAACACCUACAGCAACAACAACAACAACAACAACGACUCCAGUGGACAUGGCAACAAUCACAAAUCGAGAGACGACGACAAAGCGAAUGCGUGGCAACUUACGUCCCGGUGUUUACACCGCACAAUACACACCAAAGGACACGUGCUCCAAUGUCGUGCCGACGGCAGCGCUGCUCAGCUGCAUGACCACGCCCACGCCGAGUGAUGUGCGCGCCCACUGUGCACUGGCGAACGGGGAGUUGGCCAUGUCGGCGUCGCUGCUCAGGCAGAUCAAGCUAUCGGAGGACAUUUACAGCUUCAAUGCGCUAUUUGAGCUGCAGGCGGGACAAUUGCGUAUACGCCUCGUGCGCGAUGUGGCACGCGAGGAUGAGAUUGUGGCCUGGUUUGGCGAGGAGCUGGUGCUGCUCAUGGGCAUACCAUUUCUCACACCCUUAAAUAUACAAGGAAACAGUCGCUACACUUGCCACUUGUGUCACCUGACCUUUGAGACGCCCCAUCCGCUGAAGAUCCAUCUGGCUUUGAGCUGUGGCCGCAGCGUUAUGGAUUUGCUCUGGAUGCGUUUGCAUUACGCACUCAAGACAGCGGCACGAUCGGCAGCCACAACAACAAUUCCACCAUCCCCACCGUUGGCCACCUCCACCUCCACAUCAUCAGCAUCCCCCACUCGAACACCGCCCCCGCCACCCUCAGCGACUUCUACACGCUUCUCCGCCUUUCGACCCAUGGCAUCGAUGCAAUCGUUGACACUGCCGAUUGCCAGCUCUCCGCCGUCGACCGCCACACUCUCCUACCUGCCCUCCAUGUCGAUGGGUGCACCGCUCUCGUCGCAUCCAAUGAAUGCGGCGGCACAGAUUGAGGCGAUUGUCAGUAACAUGGGUGCAUCGAAGCAGGGUCAUCUCUGCAUCUACUGCGGCAAGGUCUAUUCCCGAAAGUACGGCCUGAAGAUUCAUAUACGCACCCAUACCGGUUUCAAGCCACUCAAAUGCAAGUUCUGCCUGCGUCCGUUCGGUGAUCCCAGCAAUCUCAACAAACACGUCCGCCUCCAUCUACAAACCCCACUGCCCAGUGGCAGUGAAUCGGACAUAAAUGUCGAUGGGGAUCUCGAGGCGGGAUUUCAAUGCCAAUUAUGCAACAAGACUUUCGCCCGAUCUCGGGAUCUGCAGCGACACAUGGAGACACGACAUGGUGGUGGCACCACAGCGCAUCCGACAACCAGCACAGCAACAACAACAACAACUGGCACAGCGAUGUCCAAUCAAAGCUGA